ACAGCUGUAAGCCCGCGCAGCACAAGUCGCUGUGGCUGUACAAGUGGGUUUCUUAUUAGAAAAUGUUCGUGUGUCUGACAAACGGGAUUCAAAUUGUUGCAUCAUGUUGAUAAGCCCGGAACAGGAGGCCCUGAUUGAUCGGGUGUUUGAAACCUAUCUGACAGAUCAUCAUCACAAUGACAUUCUUCAACUUAUUGAAGAGACUGAAGAUAAUGAAGACACUCAUCGCCCUCUAGUGGUUAAUGCCAUGACAUUGUUUGAGGCCAAUAUGGAGAUUGGGGACUAUUUCAAUGCAUAUCCCACUGAUAUCCUGGCUAUAUUUGAUAAAGUAUUAAACAGAAAAGCCAAAGCGGUAACAGACGACGGCUCACUCAAACAUAAUGAAGGGCAAAGAAAACAAGACCAGAGAUUGGUCCACACUCUUCAUGCUCGCAUUACAGGUCUGCCAGUGUGCCCAGAGCUGACAAGAGAUACAAUUCCUAGGACUAGAGAUGUAGGACACUUUUUGUCUGUAACUGGUACUGUAAUACGUACCAGUAUUGCCAAGGUUCUGGAAUAUGAGCGUGAUUACAUGUGCACAAAGUGUCGUCAUGUUUUCACAGUGCAGGCAGAAUUUGAGCAAUUCUACACGUUUGUCCCACCCGUAGCCUGCCCUAACCCCGAUAGCUGUAACUCGUAUAAAUUCACUUGUCUGUCUGAAGGAUCUGAACCUGCUGCUUGCAGGGAUUACCAGGAGAUCAAAAUUCAAGAGCAGGUGCAGAAACUUUCAGUGGGCAGUAUUCCUCGUUCUUUACUGGUAGUUCUGGAGAAUGACCUUGUCGACAGUUGUAAAUCUGGAGAUGAUGUCACUGUUUAUGGAGUGAUGUGUCUGCGCUGGAAAACCUUUUAUGAUGGUGCACUUUGUGAUGUGGAGUUGGUCCUCAAAGCUAACAAUAUAGAGGUAAACAACCAGCAGGCUGCUGCUGGACAGCUUGUAAAGGAUGCUCAGGAAGAAUUUGAAGAAUUCUGGAAUAGCUACAAACAUAAUCCUAUAGCUGGUAGGAACCAUAUCUUAUUGAGCCUGUGUCCACAGGUUUUUGGCAUGUAUGUAAUUAAACUGGCAGUGGCCAUGGUCUUGGCUGGGGGAGUUCAGAGAAUAGAUUCUUCUGGGACCAAAAUUAGGGGCGAGUGUCAUAUGUUGCUGGUUGGUGACCCAGGUACAGGGAAGUCUCAGUUCCUGAAAUAUGCUGCCAAGAUUAUGUGUCGUUCUGUACUCACAGCUGGAAUUGGCUCAACAAGUGCAGGACUGACAGUAGCAGCUGUGAAGGAUGGAGGUGACUGGCACCUGGAAGCAGGAGCCCUGGUCUUGGCAGAUGGUGGUUUGUGCUGCAUUGAUGAAUUCAACAGCAUCAAGGAGCAGGAUCGCAUCAGCAUCCAUGAAGCUAUGGAGCAACAAUCUAUUAGUGUUGCUAAAGCUGGCAUGGUGUGUAAACUGAAUACCAGAACUACCAUUCUGGCAGCUACCAACCCUAAAGGCCAGUAUGAUCCCAACGAGCCACUGUCUGUGAACGUAGCUCUGGCCAGUCCUUUGCUAAGUCGUUUUGACCUGGUUUUAGUUCUGCUGGAUACCAGAAAUGCAGAGUGGGACCACAUCAUCUCCUCUUUCAUUAUGGAGGACAGAGGACUACCUGAUCAGUGUUCGAGUCUGUGGUCUAUGGAGAAAAUGAAAGCUUAUUUCAGCCUGAUUAAGCAUUUAAAACCAGUGAUGUCAGAAGAAGCCAACUGUAUACUGACACGCUACUACCAGCUACAAAGACGGAGUGAUAGCAGCAGUGCUGCCCGCACAACUAUACGCACAUUGGAGAGUCUGAGCAGGCUGGCUGAAGCCCAUGCCAAGCUCAUGUACAGAGAGACAGUUACCAUAGAAGACGCUGUCAUUGCUGUUUCUGUUAUGGAGUGCUCUAUGCAGGGUGGCGUUCUGCAGGGAAAUGUGAAUACUUUAUUCACCUCAUUUCCUGCUGACCCUGUUGAGCAGUAUCAAACUCAGUGUCAGAUACUGCUCGAAGGACUGAACCUCCCACUGUUCCUUAAGAAGGAGCGAGACAGACUAUCCAGGUCAAAAAGCCAGACAUCAGAGUCUCCUGAAUGUGAUUCAUCAACUACUAAACUGAAGCAUCUACUCAGUGACGCAAACUCCAAAACACACACUAGCAAUUUGGAAAGUGGUAAUACAGUGAGGAGUGACUCGAACUGGUUCCACACCUCUCUGUCACUGUCCCCAAAUGAUAGGACCUCACCCAUAACUACACCUCAAGAAAAUACAAAAACUAUUUCAAGUGGAACAGACGUGUCUAAAGUAACCAGACAAUCAAGUUGUCGAUCUGAAAAGUUGACUUCGAGAAGGACCGUUGCUCCAGUUGUUUUUGGAAAUAUUACCUCUGUUUCAGAACAAAACAUACAAGGUAAGAAAAAUGAAAGCGUUACAGAAGAAAUCUCUAAAAGCCAAGAGGAGAUACUGAAAUAUGAGAAAAAGAAGCAUGAAGCACAUCCAGAGCCAUUGGGAUAUCAUUUUCAAAAGGUUUCUAGAAGCACAAUGGACUCUAAGAAUAUGGGAGAUAAAGGCUUUGGGCAACUGGACCUGAAACAUCAGCGAUUUCACAAAGAGGUUGGAAAAGGACACAGAGAAAGGCUGGUGUUUGGGGAUGAAAGUGAAAAUGUACUAGAGACAAACCUGUCCACUGACAAAGACAGCUAUGUAAAGGAGGACAAAUUGCACCUGACUGAAAGUAGGAAGAGCAGCGCUGUUCCAAGGGAGAAAAUGGCAGUCGAAGCGGAAACACACAUAGACUUGCGUGGAAAGUUGUCAAGAUUCAUGUUCAAACCAAGUAAGAUGAGAACUUCAGUUGACAACCAUAACAAUAAUGCCAGUCCAGAAAAGCAAAUGACAGUGAGCGUUAACACAAAGAAACCAAUUAGUCAUAAUGACGCACACCUGUGUCAGAGAACCAGAGUCAGCACUGGUGAUGACAGAGAUGUAUUUACUUCCACCCCACUUUCAAAAUCAAGUGCUUGCAUCACUAAUCAAACUACAUUACAAUCAGAACAGAUGAAGACCAGUAUAACUUCCUCAAGCUCAGAAAUUAAACUCUCAGGAUUCUCAUCUAUCUGGACAAGUGAACCCACAACAGCUCAAACAAAAAUGGAAAAGAGUACGCUUAAAAAAGGUGAUGCUGAUUGUUUGAGAGCUAAUUCAAAAGUCCACAAAAUUCUAAACAUCGCCAACCACAUAGGCAAGAAGUGCCAAACCAUACCCCCAGCAACAGAUUACACACCAGCAAACAAAUGUGAACUAGGGAUGAAGUCAACGAGUACAACAAUGUCCGAGUGCAAAAUAAAACAGACCGAAUUCAGUCAUACUGAAAACAACACUGUGAAAAUGGUAACUAGGGAUUCAGUUAACUGUCAAAGGACUGCCAGUCUAAAGAGAAAGUGUUUUACGAGUCCUCAGGAUAGUAAUAGUAGUGGUUCCAAAGGCCUAUUCUCAGGAUUGUCUCUGUUUGAGUCUGCCGAGUUAAAUAAUGAUGUUCUUGACACUGACUGGGACCAAGAGGUUUUGAAAAAAGCCAAAGUCUGAAAUCACAACGUUUGUGGAUAAAGAACUUUUUUCCUGAAGAAAACAUAAUCUGGUUGUAGGAAAUGAAUAAGUUUGACAGAAAAGUUUCCUGGGAUAUAAACUUGAGUUUAGCUCUUUAGCAUAGUGUCUAGUCACACAGUUUUCACCAGCUAGCUGCAGUUUGAUUUUUUUUUUUCUACUCCUGUACAAUGAAAAAGUACUGUGUUCAUAAUAGUAAGAUAUCCUUCCUUACAUGUGCUCAAUACAACUUUUUUUUUUGUUGCUUGUUCUGUAUUACACCUACGUGUAACACGUUUAACACCUGUUAAAAGUGAGUUGCUCACCGAGAUCUUUAUGUACAGCAAAUAAAAUAAACAUAAUGUGA